AUGGUAUUGAAAAUUGAGGUGCUUCUCUUUGUAAUAUGUUUUUUUAAAUUAACAUUAGCAGUUCCAAAGGAUAUUGUUGUAAAGUUUGCUAUUUCAGACUACAAAAAAACGGAAAUUCUUGGAUAUUUGAAAUUCCAAAAUGUCUACAAUACGGGUCCUAAUAUUUCAUCUCAUUUUUAUCCUGAAAAUGAUGCUUUGACAAAUUUAAAAAAUCAAAUUCAAAAUGCCCUUCAGUCUGAUGAACAGAUGUAUUAUUUAUCCUUAGAUAAUGAUAAAUUUAUAACAUCUUUACCUUUGUGUAUUUUAGCUGAAUCAAAUUUAGCUCAUAGACUUGAUGUGGUUAUUGGUGAAGAUGAAAAUGAAAUUAAAUCUAUUACAUUACAUCCAUAUGAAUCAUACAUUGGUCAUCUAAAUGGUACAUGUCCAGAAUCAAAAGGACUUGCAAAAGAAUUUAAAAAAGAUCCAGAAUUUCAUGUUCAAAUAUUUAGACCAACACCUAUUCCAAAUCCAGAUAUAGUGACAUUUGUAAAAAGAAUUGAGAAAGAAAAACAGCAGAGGGCAGCAGGAGGAGAAGGUGAUAACAGAUCAUUUUUGCAAAAAUAUUGGCUUUAUAUUGCUCUUUUUGUCUUGAUUUUUGUUAUUUCUAGUGCGGCAAAUCCAGAAGGUCAAGCUUAA